UAUUAUUGUUACAUAAAGUCAUUUCCAUGUAACCGUAGUCAGUGCCUUCGUAGUAAUGUAAUACUCCAUACCAGCGUACUUCUAGUGUUCAAGUCAAGCGAAAUCACGGUAGACAACAAUGGCGGCGCCCAUCAUUCGAGUUCGGAGCACUGAUAAAGAAGUUUCAAAUGAUUUGUGUCAGUUUGUUAUCGACAAAGCAACUUCAUCAAUACAAGAAAGGGGAAUAUUUACAGUUGGGGUUUCAGGAGGAAGUUUAGUUAAAUAUCUGUGCAAUGGUUUGCCUUCAUCAAAAACAGACUGGACAAAAUGGAGAAUAUUUUUUUGUGAUGAAAGACAUGUGCCAUAUGAUAAUUCAGAGUGUACAUACAGUUUAUAUAAAACUGGACUUGUUGAUAAAGUUGGUAUGCCUCCAGAAAAUAUAUUUCCCAUAAACCCAGACAUAUCAGUUGAAGAUGCUGCUGUUGAUUACGAGAAAAAGAUACGACUGGUUUUCCCAGGAACAGAUAUUCCUAGAUUUGAUCUGUUGCUGUUAGGAAUGGGACCAGAUGGACAUACAUGCUCUCUCUUUUCUGGGCAUCAACUGUUGGAAGAAAAGACUAGAAUAAUAGCACCAAUUAGUGAUUCACCAAAACCUCCACCAGCACGUGUUACCAUGACUUAUCCAAUUAUAAACAACUCCUCAUGUGCUGUGUUUGCAUCUUGUGGAGAGGGUAAAGCUGAUAUAGUCCAGAGAGUAUUAGAGGGAAAGGAAGAUGUUCUUUUACCAGCUGCCCGUGUACGUCUUACCAAUGGAGAUGUAAUUUGGUAUUUAGACAAAGGCGCUGCAUCAAAACUGAAAAACAUUUGACUAGGAAAGUCAAUUAGUAAAAUAUAGUAGGAAAGAACUUUGCAUUGUUGUCAAAGUUCAUAUAUGCAUUAUAAAGACACAUUUUACUAGAGUAUUGCUAUAUAUUCUCAAUUUUUCUAUUAAGCUGCUUACAUUCUCUUCCAAUUUUUCAAAAUGUUAAAUAUCAUUCCAGCUUAGUUUGAAGCUUGUUUUCAUAAUAUAAAAUGAAUUUUAAUAUUGCAUCAUGGGAAAUAAAAAAAAAUGAACGUUUGUUACAUAAUUUUGUUAAUGAAUUUUGAAUAUGAAUUAAAUGAAUAUAUUCUCAA